AUAACCUCUAUUAUCUUGCUGUGACUCAAACAGCUCCAGUAGCGCUCAGACGACCUUUGGUACAAGUCACAGAAAAUGGUUUGGGUUGAGCAAAGCUCAACGCUGAGGCAACAACAGGAAAUAAGAACAGGGCAGCUACUCCAACAUUUCUGAAAUCUGAUCGGAGAAACAAUACGUUCAGGAGCCUACAAUGAUUUAUUAAGCUUGUCAUCCAUGUAUUCCUGUGAAACUCAUAAAACAUGUUUUCCUUCUUCAAAUCAUUUUUGCCAACUUCCUACCUGCUACCAGGGUGGCUGAUUCUGGACACAAAUCCUCUGGUCGGUUUACUUCAAGGGCUGGUGGGGGCAUGUGGGAUCUCUGUGCUGUGCUCCCUGUUGAGAGUGCAUCUAUUGUUAGAGGAGAGCUGGAAUGAAAGACACAACGAAGGCACGUCGAGCGUGAGGUCAAGCAGCAAGCCGGUGAGGGCUAAGCAUGGACUUUUUGGAAUGCUCCAGUUUUUCUUUGUGACUGGGAUACUGGCCGUAGUGGGGUCCCGAGUGGUGUCGCUGGUGGUACUGGAAUUCUGCCUGCGAGCCGUCUCUGGACUGCUUACAGCUGGACCGGAAACCAGGAAGUAUCUGCAGCAGCUGUUAGUGCAAAGCCAGUUCUCCCUGGGCUGCGCCAUCAGCUGCAGUAUGCACUUUCUCCACGAGGGGGCGUCCCAGCGUUGGCUAAGCCUCCUGCUGGCAGCGGCCCUCAGCUGGUACCUGGCAAAGAAGGCAGCGGCCCUCCUGCACCAUGUCGUUGCUCUGUAUAAGCUCCACAGCUCCCAGCGCUACUGCGGCAUUUGCAUCAGCCUGCUCACAUCAGGAUGUCAUCUGCUGCCCAUGCUUUGCAGGACCAUGAUCAUCGCCUUCUUUGUGGCCGUCCUGGGAGCUGUGUCGAUCAUCAACCAGCAGUUUCUCUCUGCCACCGAGGCCUUGAGGUUCUGGACACCGCUGACCAUCUGCUACACAUUGUUGGUGGUGUACAUGCAGGAAGAGCAGCAUCGUCUGCCGAGCAGCCAAGCUCUCCUCAAUGCAGUCGUGGUGCGUCUCGGGGGUCUGAUGGUCUUGAUGCUGACUGUGGGGCGCUGGGCCGACGUGCUCCACAUCCUAAUAUGUUUCCUCGGCGAGGCCAGCUGUCUCAUCCCAAACAUGGAUCUGCUGGAUGCAGCAUCCUCACAGGAUGAAGAAGAUUUUACAAACUAUGCAACGACAGCGCGUCGACAAACGUCACGAACACACCAGAAGCAGCGUCAAAGAUAGCAUGGACUAUUCUGUGGAAGUCAUAAGCAAACAUCAGAUUAUUGACCAGUUUUUUUGUUUUUGUUUUUUUUUAGACCUGUAGCCUAUUGCUGGAUCUUUUCAUAAAACUAUUCUUAUGUUAUUUAAUGCAGCUGUUCUAUAACACUAACAAUAAAUCACUGCUCUAAACA